CAACCACGAUAGUGUACAGUACCAUGCCUCCAGGGCACUGCUCAGCGCGUUACUAGGUUAGGAGUCCCCCGCCCCGAACCGAGCCUCAGCGUACAGUAGAGUUCUCGGUGUGACCGUAUUCUGAUAUCUUAGACUGCACGAAGUACUAGAUCGAAGGGACUUCGUACCGUACGUGGCCUACGUAGCGGCGUAUACGGAUUGCUUUAGCCACAAACUACCGUAGUAGUGACUACUAGUAUGCACGUCGAAGGCACGGGACGCACAUGCGACGGCGCCGCCGCGCUCACACCCGUCUGCGACUUCAUCAUCCCCCGCACUGCAGCACGCCUCGGAGCGAGAGUCGUCGCGAGCAGCACAGGACUUCUCUGAUACCAGUUGCGUUAGUGAUAUCCGCAGCCGCGUGGGCUGCCAGCAUGCGACGCUCCAGCGUCGCCUGCCCGGACUCGAGUCGAGCUCCAGCGGCGGCGGUGAGCCGCCAGGGGAUGGCUCGUGAGCAUAUGCAGCGCGCGCUGGCCGUCGCAUGGUACCUCGCCGCCCUUGCCGUGACGCACGGCGUCACCACGGUCAACACCCAGCCGCUCGAGGCGUCGCAAGUGCAAUUCCUGCAGGACUGCCAGAAAGCGUGGAAUCGGCACUUUGACGGGUGGAGUGGCGCCAACCCCGAGUGUGCUACGGCGCCCUACAUCAGCUGCGACAGCAGCGGCAUGAUCGUCGCCAUGAACCUAUGGAGCAUGAACCUGCGAGGGCCCAUUCCGGACUCCAUCAGCAACCUCAGGAAGCUCAGAAACCUUCAUCUUAGGGGCAAUCAGCUCACUGGCUCCAUCCCUGCUGCAGCUGGCGAUCUUGAGAACCUGACAGAUCUAAAUUUGGCUGAAAAUCAACUCAGUGGCUCAAUCCCUGGUGCAAUUGGCAAUCUUACAAACCUGGGAUACCUAGGCCUCUCUGACAACCACCUCACUGGCUCAAUCCCUGCUACAAUCGGCGAUCUUACCAACCUGUUUGGCCUAUAUCUUUCCAACAAUCAGCUCAGUGGCUCGAUCCCCGCCUCAAUCGGCAACCUUAAAAACCUGGUAUUUCUCUACCUUCAAGACAAUCAGCUCAUUGGCUCAAUACCCGAUGCUAUUGGCAGCCUUAUUAACCUGGUUUACAUAUCUCUCCAAGAAAACCAGCUCACCGGUUCAAUCCCCACUGCUAUCGGCAAUCUUACACACCUUUCAAGCCUGUAUCUUUCUGGCAACCAGCUCACUGGCUUCAUCCCAGCUGCAAUGGCCAGCCUUACAAACCUGGUUUACCUGGACCUUGGCAGCAAUCGCUUGACAGGGCCCAUCCCGCCAUCCAUCAGCAGGCUGAGAAAUCUCCGAGGCCUGGAUCUGGAGCAGAACGAGCUGGACGGCGACAUACCAGAGAGCAUCUCCUCACUCGUGGAUCUGCUGUGGCUGGAGCUCAGCAUGAACAGGCUCGCGGGACCCAUUCCUUCAGCAAUCAGCAAGCUUUCCCUUCUUUGGUCAUUGAGGGUCCAUAGCAAUCAUCUUUCUGGAACAAUUCCCGACGCCAUUGGCAGGCUCACUGCUUUACAAUACCUGGAAGUGGCAUUCAACCAGCUGUAUGGAAGCAUACCUGCUACACUCACGCAGAUGACACAGCUAAGAAAGUGUGAUCUCUCGCACAACUACCUCACAGGCCCCCUUGUGGAAGUCACGCAGCUCAAAAUGGACCUCUCCAGCAACUACUUGUCGGGUCCUCUGCUUGGACCGGACUGCCGACAACACAAUACCAUUGCCAACUGCUUCACACCGCACAAUGACUGUGCCUCGGAGGUGCAGCGGCCUGCAGCAGAGUGUGUGGCGUUCUGCGGCAUCUCCAAUGCCACUGCUGCGUGUGAAGGGCAUGGCAUCUGCCACCCAGACGGGCCCAGCUUGGUGCCAACGUGCAUAUGGUGUAAACCGGGGUUUGUGCAGCUUCAAGGAAACACCUGUGCUGCUGAAGGCUGGGUCAAUACCCUCCCUGUCAGCAAGCCUAUUCUCCCCCCAUUCUCCGUGCUCACCAAGGGCACGCAGCGGGAGACAGUGGGGAGGUUCUUGGCAAAGCCUGUGACCCUGUUUGCCUAUCCGGCUGGUGCCACCUCGGGAUGUGGCGUGGAGUUGGCUUUCAGCGUCAACUUCACAUUCUCCCUUGUUCCCCAGUCCGGUACUGUCGGGUCCAACGGCUUUGCUUUUGUGAUUGCAGCAAAGGCCAAGGUGGGGAAACCUGAGGGUGUAGGAUUUGGUGGAGUGGGAACUCGGAGUAUAGCCAUUGAAUUCGACACUUUUCAAAACGACAAGCAUGGUGAUAUGAAUAAGCAGCAUGUGGGGCUCAACAUCAACGGUGCGGAUCAAUCCUUGGUCACAGAGACGUCACCAUUCACUCUCACCGACGGCAAUGCAUACAUGGCAUGGGUGGACUAUGAGCCUGGGGAUCCUGGGACCAUCCAGGUUUUCCUGGCGAAUUCGAAUGUGAAGCCAGAGGACCCUCUGCUGCAGACGGAGCUGUCGCUGUGUGCGGUGCUGGAGGCUGGUGUGAAACAGCAGGCGUUCUUCUUUGGCUUCGUGGCAUCCACCACUGUGAAGCCCUUCCAGCUGCAUGGGAUUGUCCGCUCUGCCGUGCAAACAGGCAUUUUCCCUCUCAAGUCAGUCCAGAUCCGAAAGCAAGCCCUUGGCCUCUCACUAUCGGCAGCCACUUUCGCCCCACCCCAAGGCAGCCCCUUUUUGCGCUACGUGAGCACGGACUACGAAUUGUUGGAGAGCAACGAGGGCUCGUGGCGCAUCCGUGACCUACACACCUGGAACUCCCUGGCCUUCCUAGGUUGGCCUGUCAAGAACCAGAAGGAUUGCAAUGCCUGCUGGGCGUAUGCAGUGGUGGCGAGUGUGGAGGCAGCAUAUGGCAUUGUAAAGAAUCAACGUGCUCCCCAGCUGUCAGUGGAGUCACUCUUUGCAGCCAUGGGGCUCACCGACACGGACAAGUGCACGGCUGGAGGCUCCCCCACCGAGGCCUUUGAGAAGCUGGUCACUCUUGAUGGCAGCACUGCACUCAAAGGGGUCAAUGAAUCAGCAACAAGGUAUCCGGUGCAGGCAUUUGAGCGCACGCAAUUCAAGGGGUAUGUGGGGCUCAUGCUGGCAGUGCGGCGCCAGCCAGUGGUGGUCCACAUCGAGGCUUCUGCUGACACGUUCGUCGUCUAUGAUGGGACAUUCAAGUACCAGGAUCCAGAUUGCUACACUGGUAAUCUGAACCACGUCGUGCUUGUCGUUGGCUACUACAUCAAUAGAAACGACGGCAGCCAGAACCGCAUUGCUCCUCCGUUUUGGAUCAUCCGCAACUCGUGGGGAGAGGAGUGGGGCGACGGAGGCCACAUGCGCAUGGACAUUCAGGGAGGGGAUGGCGUGUGUGGCAUCAACGUGCUGCCUGGCAUCUACCCCAUUGUCAAGAUUCCAGGGGACCCCUGUGGCCACAACAGCCACAAGGGCGAUCAGGAUCUGUACGGCAUGAGCCCGUGCGGUCGGUUCCCAUGCCAGGCGAUUGAUGACAGCAGCAAUAGCUGCGACUGCAACAUUCCUGGGGCUAUCAGGCAACCCUUUGUUGAAGUCGGGAAUGGAAAUGGCUCCAGCACAUGUGCUUAUGUCGAUGUGUGUGGGUCUUACUUCAAGAACCCCUGCUACGUGGGCACAUGCAUCAACGACGGCAAGGGCUCGUAUUCCUGCAUCUGCCCUCCCAGUCACAUUGCGAGCACCACUGUUGACGAUUUUCCCACCUGUGAUCCAGCUAACACCACAGCCACCACCAUGACGGUCAGUGGAGACAACUGGUGGUGUUCGGAUAUCUAUCCUCUUGCUGGCCUCCCAUUGGACCAAUUCACACUCCAGAAUGCGGCUAUAGAUUGCAGCCAGGCAUUGCCCAAGGGCAGUGUCCUUCAGCUGGAUGGCGCUCCCGCCACACCUUGCACUGCCUUCUUCUACACCCUCAAUGGGGACACCUGUUCAACCAUCAGCAAUCUGGUCAGCAUGAAUGAGGCCAAUCUAACCGCUCUCAAUCCCGGCCUUGACUGCUCCAAGCCCAUCAAGGGGGGCCGCUCGGUGUGCCUGGAGCGCAAUGCUGCCUUCGCCUUCACAGUUCCCGAGUGCGUGAAAUACGGCAUGCUGACACCUCUGGACACGUGCGACAUGCUGCUUCAAAGGACCACCAACGAGCCGAAUCUGAAAGGGAGCACCUGGGCGGAGCUGUACCGCAACAAUCCCGGCCUCACUUGCUCCGGCACCAUCCCUUCCUCUGCCUCCGCUGUCGGCAGCAAGAUUGGCGUGCAGAUUUGCCUCAGGGCAGAGUAUUGGUCAUUCAAAUUGGGCAUGUGCAAAAAAGGCAGGGUCAAGCCAGUCUCACCGUCAAUGACGUGUUCAGCUGCUUACCGCUUCUAUGAUGCACCUACUACCUCAGCAGCAGUUUCAAAGUUUUAUGACUACAAUGCCAAGUCUUGUUCUGGAACAAUAGGAGCCAAGUCUAUAUGUGUACCAUAAUUUUAUUAUACUGUCUCCAAAAUGCAACAGGCUUCCAGCUGAGGGAACCAAGCGAAUGAGAAUUU